AUGAUGAUUCAGAUUGGUAUUAAGCAGCAUCUAAAAAGGGGAUUUACUACUACAAAUUGGUUAUCUUGGUGUUGGUUGAAGGAUAUUUUUAUCACCCCCCCCCCCUCUUCUUCCCCCCCUCAAAGUAAAAGAAAAAAUAAAUCAAGGAAAAGUCAUGCUUAUAAUGGAUGGACAAUAAAGCCAGCCACAAAUCUGAUGGAGUUCAAAGAAACAUAUGAGAAGAAUAAUUUUAUUCCUCUAUAUAUUUGCCACCUCAUUCUACGCAUUUGUUGCACAACCACAUUGGAUUUCGGUAUUUUUGACCCAAAUGAAAUUUCAAUACGAAACAAAAUUGUCAAAAUUUGGCCGGGGGCCCGGAUUAUAAUGGAUAGACCAAUUCGACAAAGGUUAUUUAUAUCGGAGAUAUCACGAAUCAAGGAAACAAAACAAAAAAAAAAAAAAAAAAAAAAAAAAGUCAACCAAGGAGAGAAUAAUUAA